UCCUACCUACAGUAACUGGCUAUUGUGAUGUUGCUGCAUUCUAUGUCAUGGUAAAAUAUGGCAACAUGGGUCGCAACUGGAUUCCUUAUGUGGGCUCAAGAGAACUUGGUGGAAGUUUGCUUGCCCUGUACAAAUAUAAUGCUAACUCUACCAAUUUCUGGAUGGCUGUGCCUUACAAUGCAAUUGAUGCCACAUAUGAAGUGAUCAAAUCUUCGGAGAUCAGGAGCAGGCUGGACUUGACCUUGAAGGAUAUUGAGACCACGUUUGUGCUGACUAGCUUCUCUCUGUCCUGUGGCUUCCCUACGAAGAUGAUUGACUGCUUCGCCAAUGGAACUAUGGCAGCUCUUGCUGUAAAAGUGGAAUCUGUACCUGGACUGCUUCCAAGUCAACUAACAUUAAGAGAUCCUAGCUGCAGACCCCUUCAGUCUGAUGCUGUCCGGGCAGUCUUCUACUUCAAUGUCAACUCCUGUGGAACAACCAGAAGGUUUGACAACAACCUCCUGACUUAUGAGAAUGAAGUGCUGUCUACAACAUUUGGUCCAUCUUACCGGUUAAGCAUUGUCUGUCACUAUGUGGUCAAUGACACCAAGGUAGUACAGUUCUUGUACCAGAAUAAUCCUGCUCUUGUCAUCCAGCCUGGCUUGGGUGACCUUGUGGUUGUAAUGCGCCUUGCACUAGCUUCAACCUACAAUGACUUCUAUGGCGCUCAGGAGUACCCUGUUGUCAAGUACUUGAGAUCCCCCUUGUAUUUUGAGGUGGAACUCCUGUACAGCAGGGAUCCACAGGCUGAAUUGUUUUUGGAGAACUGCUGGGCAACCUAUUCUGCUGACCGGGACAGCCUUCCGAAGUGGGAUGUUGUUGUAGACAGUUGUGAGAACUCUGCUGAUACCUACAAGACAGUCUUUCACCCAGUCUCCAGCAACGCAAGAGUGGUGUUCCCAUCUCAUCUGAAGAGAUUUGAAGUGAAAAUGUUUUCCUUCACGAGAGACAGGACUGCAUUGAAAGGGCAGAUUUACUUCCACUGCAGUGUUGUGAUAUGUGAUGCAAACAGGCAGUCGGACAGCCUCUGUAGCAGGCAGUGCAUUCCAGGGAAGCAGAGGUUUGGUCGCAGUGCUGAGGGAGGGGUAAAGGCACUUGUGUCUUCAGGACCAAUCCAUUUGGCGCAAUAUGGCUCCUAUCCUUCUGAAGUCAAAACUACCCAAGCUGUUCUGUGGUCUCCUCUGGUAGCUACCCUUGUGUGUGCAGUGGUUCUAUUUAUCUCUGGAAUUGUAGCCAGUAUCAAAAUACAAAAGCAUGUGUGAAAAUAAAAGCUAUUAACUUGCACGUUUUUUGUUUUGUAUUUAUCACUGAUUGCACACUGUGGAAUAGAAUUGGUUUCUAUCUAUAUCCUGAUCAAUGUGUGACUUUACCACUUGUACUCUAAUGGGACCCCUUUUAUUGUGUAUAUAUUUAUAUAUGUGUAAAACACC